AUGAGCUCCCAGGAGGAUCAGUUCCAACAAGCAGCUCCUGCCCCAGCUGCCUCUUCGGCGGACGAUGGCAUGACCUGGUGGUACAAGUGGCUGUGCAGGAUCGCCGGUGUCAUCGGGGGCGUGUCCUGCGCACUUGCUGGCCUUUGGAACUGCGUGACCAUCAACCCCCUGAACAUAGCGGCUGGGGUGUGGAUGAUGUUAAAUGCCUUUAUCCUGUUCCUGUGCGAAGCUCCAUUCUGCUGCCAGUUUAUUGAAUUUGCAAACGCAGUGUCUGCGCGGGCGGAUAAGCUGCGGCCCUGGCAAAAAGCUGCCUUCUACUGUGGCAUGGCCGUGUUUCCAGUCAUACUCAGUCUGACACUGACCACGUUACUGGGAAAUGCUAUCGCUUUUGCAACAGGAGUGCUGUACGGCUUGUCGGCGCUUGGCAAAAAAGGGGAUGCCAUUUCCUAUGCAAGAAUCCAGCAACAGCAGAAGCAAGCGGAUGAGGAGAAGCUAACGGGGACUCUGGAGGGGCAGGCGCUGUAG